GUUUCCUCAUCACUUGAGGAUGAAAUGCUUAUUCAUUUGAUAAAAAACUGAAUCCAGUAAAAAUACGGAACGGUCUGUGUAAGCUCUGGAGUACAACUGUCAGUGAUGCUGAGUGAUCGAACUCCCACGUCACUACAAGCUGGAACAAGUCAGGACAUGUCGCUCAAGAUACAAAAAUUCCAGUCAAAAUUUUACUUCUUCUUGAUAUCCUGGGGAGUAUAAUCCUUUUUCUCCGAUGCAAGACCUUAUAUUUUUACCUUAUGCUACCGAGGAU